CGGAACAAAGAUUAAGAAAACAUGAUCUUAGCAAAUUCUUGCCGCCGCAUCCUCAGCAUCGGAGCCCGUGGCCGUCCCGGCUACUUGCUACCGCAACCACUCCACCUAGGAAUAGGAUCCUUGCUCCGCCGCAUCACCAAACCCGCUGCCGUUUGUCGAUCGCCCGCGCUCCGUCGAUGCUACUGCACCUCCCAGCCCGUCGACCCCCGGCCCCGUUCGUACCACAGUCCGCUCAAGAUCGCCUCCGCGGCAGUUCUACUCUCCGGCGUCACGGGCCUCACGGCAUUAGCCUACUACCGCCCGUACCUCGACAUCGAGGUCGUGCCCUACACUAAUCGGACUCAUGUGGUCGCCCUCUCCCCCCAGUCGGAGCGCGAGCUCUGUGUUCGCCGCUUCGACGAGGACAUGAACAAGUACGCCGCCGAGUCCCGGAUCGUUGACCCGCUCCACCCCGACACUGUCCGCGUCCGACGCAUCCUCGAGAAACUCAUCCGCGCCGCUCACCGCAACCUCGGCAUAGACAACAACCACGACACUGUGAUGCUCUCCUCUCAGAAGGAUGCGCAGGAUCUGGAUGACGAGACCCGAAGAAAGCAGCAGGGUAAGAAAUCUGGCCGUCCGCAGCCGCACGCCGGACAUCUCCGUGGGCUCAAGUGGGAGGUCAUCCUUGUCAAAGAUAAUCAGGCCAAUGCAGGCUGCGUGCCCGGCAAGAUAAUGGUCACCACCGGAUUGCUCGAUGUUCUCAAGACUGACGCUGAGAUUGCCGUUGUUCUUGGCCACGAGGUUGGGCACAUCAUUGCAAGGCACAGUGCGGACAUCCACGAGUGGUUUCCCAAUCUCUUAUGUGGGCCUUUCUUUUCAAUGAUCGAGAUAGAGGCGGAUCAUAUUGGAAUCAUGCUACUCGGUGCUGCAGGUUUCCAUCCAUCCAUAGCCCUUGUGGUCCUCUGGAAGCUAGCAAAGAUGCUUGCUUUAACAAAAGAGGAAUCUUUAGUGUCUUCAUAUCCUUCACAUUUUAAAAGAUCACAAUAUUUGUCGCGACACAACGUCAUGCAAAAGACAAUGGAAUUAUACAAAGACACUACUUGUGAUCAAGGCAAUGCCAAGCAAGCGGACGGCAAUGAAUGUCUUUCUUUUCGGGAAUCUUUGAGAAACCAGUGCAACAUUGUAUCAACAAGAUUGGUACGAGCUUUUGGAGGGAGAUCGACAAAUUAGAAUGCAUGGUUAGACCGAAGCAAAUCAGGAAAUGUUAUCUGAAGUCCUGCAAGCUGGUUGUAGUUGCUUGCGAAGUAUGAAUAUCGCUCUCACGAAGAGCUGAAGCAACAGUCGUUUGCCUAUUUUAGAAGUUUAUAGUGUUGGUUUUGCAAUUUAUUCUUCGAUUCCAAGCGAGAGUGCAAUGACGAUGAAAUGGUGUGGAGUGUUUGUGAGCAAAAUACUAGAGUGCGCAAUAAUUGAAGUAAAGAAUAAGAGAGCAAGAGAGUAUUAAGGAAGCUACAAUAAGGAUAAAGGCAUUCUAGAG